AUGACUACUGUGUGCGUUGAAGACGCUAAUGGGGAUGCCAUGACUUUGGUAGAAUGGGGAGGAGUAUAUUUCCCCGCGUUUCCCGGUAUAGUCCCUCGGCUAAACGCCAUUGGGACACUGGAGUUCAGACCUGACGACAUACUGCUGUGCACAUAUCCUAAAUGCGGAACACAAUGGUUAAAUGGGAUAGUCCAAAUGCUCAAACAGAAUGUAAGUGAACAUUAUGACGAAGUCAAGUAUCUUGAAGCUUGUGACCAAGACGUCAUCAACAACAUGCCGUCACCGAGAAUCUUGAUUACACACAUGCCGAAGAGAUUUGUGCCAUAUGAUGCAUGGAAGAAGAACAUCAAGGUCAUCAUUGUCAGCAGAAACCCGAAAGAUGUGGCCGCGUCCUUCUGUGCCUUUAAAAACGCUUGUAAGCUGUAUGAAUACAGUGGGACUUGGGACGGAUUUUUCCCGCUUUUCUUGGAAGGAAAAGUUGCGGGAAGUUCAUGGUUUGAGUACACCAAAGAAUGGUUUGAGGCAGCUAGUGGCAAUCGUAACUGCUUGUUUCUGACUUACGAAGACAUGAAAAAAGAUUUGCUGUCGGAAAUAAAGAAAAUAAACCGGUUUCUUGAAUAUGAAAGAACCGAUCAAUUCUUAGAAGAAGUGGCACAACAGUGCACCUUUGCCACCAUGAAACGCGCAAAAGAUGGCAUAAAAAGAAUCCAAGACAUGUUUAAACCGGGAACUUCAUUCUUCAGAAAAGGAGAAGUCGCAGACUGGAAGAACUGGUUCACAGUAGCACAAAACGAACAGUUUGAUGAACUAUACAACCGAGAAAUGGCCGAUGCACCUCCGGAACUCAAGUCCAGAAUAGUAUUUGAAUAAUACCCUUAAAAUUUCUUGGCCUUUCUCACACAGCCAGCGGGGAAAGCUGACUUUAAUUUUUUUAAAUAAAAAGGCAUUACUUCCAUGAAAUUUUGUGAACAAAUCUCAAAAGAUAAAUGUUUAUUUUUAACGUCUGGCUUUUGUGUUCGUCUAUUUGCCCUAAAAAUUCCCACAA